CGUAGCCCGCCGCGUCGGAAUCGGAAAAUCAGAACGCUCAGUUGGAGCGAAAGGCAUCUAACAGAGAACACUCAAAGAGAAGAAAACCCAUCUUACGGCGCCCUCGGCGGCCUCCGCAGACAUGAAUUCCUGCGAACUUCACCAUCCCCGUUCUAUUUCACCUAACUCUAUCCAUUAUACUAGCAAAAAGAACUUUGAGUAGAAACCAGAGAAGAAUCCCGAAAUCCUCAUCUUGUUAGCAGAACCCAUCAGAAGGGAAGCGAAACCGAGGAUCGAAUGAGAUGGAGAAGUACGAGAUGGUGCGCGAUAUCGGAUCCGGGAACUUUGGGGUCGCCAUGCUUAUGCGGAACAAGGAGACAAAGGAGCUCGUCGCUGUCAAACAUAUCGAAAGAGGGCAUAAGAUCGAUGAGAAUGUGGCGAGGGAGAUUAUUAAUCACCGCUCGCUCCGCCACCCUAAUAUUGUCCGAUUCAAGGAGGUGGUUCUGACGCCGACCCAUCUCGCGAUCGUAAUGGAGUACGCCGCCGGUGGCGAGCUUUUCGAGCGGAUCUGUAACGCCGGUAGAUUCAGCGAAGACGAGGCGAGAUACUUCUUCCAGCAACUCAUCUCUGGUGUUAGCUACUGCCAUCAAAUGCAAAUAUGCCAUCGAGAUUUAAAGCUGGAGAACACCCUCCUAGAUGGAAGCCCAGCUCCGCGACUUAAGAUCUGCGAUUUCGGCUAUUCCAAGUCAUCAGUGCUGCAUUCGAGGCCGAAGUCGGCGGUGGGCACACCGGCAUACAUCGCGCCGGAGAUUUUAUCCCGCCGGGAAUAUGAUGGCAAGAUGGUGGAUGUGUGGUCUUGUGGGGUCACUCUAUACGUGAUGCUGGUGGGAGCCUAUCCCUUUGAAGACCCGGAAGACCCUAAGAAUUUCAGAAAGACUAUUCAGAGAAUAAUGUCAGUUCAGUACGUGAUACCUGACUACGUCUAUGUAACACAGAGCUGCAGACAGUUACUCGCCCGCAUCUUUGUCGCCAGCCCGCACAGAAGAAUAUCCAUGAACGAUAUAAAGAAGCAUCCAUGGUUCCUGAAGAACCUGCCAAGAGAGCUUACAGACACAGCCCAAGCUGCAUAUCACAACAAAAACAAUGGCGCUCCAACCUUCUCUCCCCAGUCCGUGGAAGACAUAAUGAAGAUUCUCCGCGAGGCCAGGUUCCGCGGAGCUUCAAGGUACAUUCCCGGCUAUGGGUGGCCUGAAACUCAUAAAGAAGAGGACGAAGAUGAAGAGGACGAACCAGAGGAAGAAGACGAGGAGGAUGAAGACGACGAGUAUGAAGACAUGAUUACCAAAGCCUCCACUGCUUCCUCCAAUGAAGCCCCUGCUGCUUCUUCCUCUGGCCUCGGCGCCGAUAGGGUAAAUUCUGAAGAAUUCCUUGAUUACACCUUUGAUGUCCAAUUAAUUUAGAUCUUUUUGAAUGAUUUGUUUUCCGUUCGGAUUUCUGUAGCUGCUACUCCACUCUUUAUUAUUGUUUUUGUAAUAUAGUUUGGGGGAAUUUACGUACAUACCACAUAAUGAUUAUGUAUUUACAUAUUCUACCCUUUGAAUAACUAUUGUAAUCACAUCUAACUACUGAUGUGGUAAUGAAAAAAAAUAAGUGUUAUAUAAGCAAAAUAUUAAUGCUUAUGUGUUAGAUGUGUAAUUAUAUAAGGAUUGUGUGGUAUGUAUGUAAAUCCUGCAGUAGUUUUCUAUAGUUUUGCAUAAACUUUCAUUCUGCGUAAUCAUAUUUUAAUACUGUUUAAUGCUGUAAUGCAUGAUUAAUCAGAAUGAAGUUUUACUUUGCCUUGUUUCAUGCAAUAAUGAAGAGAAAUGAAAGGAAAUUUUC